AUGGCUGAGGGGUGGCCCGACAACAGCGGGAAGGGCAGGAAGAGUCACUCGGCUGGGCUGGACAACAGCCGUACCAGCCUCACGUGGCUGACGAACUUCUCUGUCAAGGACACCAACAUGGCCAGGCCCCCGUGGAUCCCAGACCCCCUCGAGCGUCACAGGACCCCCAGCUUUGCUGCCCCCUGCUCCCCCCUGGCUGCUGACCCGGCGUGCAUGGGGGUCCCCCACACUCCCUGCAACCCCAUCUCCUCUUCCACCCCGAGGGGGGUGCAGCACACCGUGCCCACCUGCCCUCAGCUGCCAGAGGACGUGGACUACAAGACCAACCCGCACGUCAAGCCACCCUACUCCUAUGCCACCCUCAUCUGCAUGGCCAUGGAAGCCAGUGGGAAGCCCAAAAUCACCCUCUCAGCCAUCUACAAGUGGAUUACAGACAACUUCUGCUACUUCCGACACGCCGAUCCCACCUGGCAGAACUCCAUCAGGCACAACCUUUCCUUGAACAAGUGCUUCAUCAAGGUGCCCCGGGAGAAGGAUGAGCCUGGGAAAGGAGGCUUUUGGAAGAUUGAUCCCCUCUAUGCUGACCAGCUCAAGAAAGGUGCCUUCAAAAAGCGGAGGUUGACCCCAGCGCAGAUCCACCCGGCCUUCACAAGGAGAGCCCAGCAAGAACCACGCUGUGAUGCCAGCCCAGCUACUCCAGUUUGCACCCCCACUAACAUCUUCAAUGUCAACACGGAGUCCCAGCAGCUGCUGAAGGAGUUUGAAGAAAUCACUGGCAGCCAGAGCUGGAAUCCAGCUGAUGGCAAAGCAGGGCAGAAGCGCCAGCAGUUCUCACCCAACCGCCCGGCCAAGGCAGCUCGGUUUUCCAACUCUGCCUUGCUGAGCCAGGAAGUGCAAAAGGAGCUGGGAUCCUUGAAAGGUGACUUGGACUGGGAAGCCAUCUUUGACACCAACCUGGAUGCAGACUUGUCAACUUUUGGGGAUCUGGACCUUCUGCCUCCCAUCAGCCCCAUCACGCAUGACCUGGAGCUGACGGUCCAUGGGCAGCACAGUGAGGGUCUCCAGGAGCAGGUCCUCACCGAGGCCAACCAGAACACCCUAGGCUUUGAUGAAACCUUCAUGGCCACUGCUUUUCUGCAGAAUCCUUGGGAUGAAGGGACAAACGAUGGCCUCACCAACACUGUCACCAUGGAGCAGGUGUUUGAAUUCAACGAUGCCCCUUUGCCAGAGGACGUGAAGGACUGGAGCAGUUUGGCAUCUCUCUUGUAA